CUAGGUACGCAUCACCCGCACACCACUGUCUCAUCCACCGUCUCGAGCGACUCUAUCCGGCCGGUCAAACCAACGCGACUCCCUUGUUCCAAAAUCAGAGACGACGCCUUCAUCUUUUCCGUUUGAUCCGAUUUAUGCUGAAGUCAGUUUCAUCCGAAUAAUAUCAAACUCGUUUCGUUAGCACCGCCUUAGGGGCAACAUGUCAGUAUUUACAACAUUCGGCUGUGGUAAACGACUUGUUGUAGUUCUAUACCCUUCAAGUAAGCGCGCGCUCUCUCUCUCUAUAGAUUUGGCAGUUCGCACACUCUAGAAAGCCCUGUAAACCCUCACCGAUCCGUCUUCGCAACAUUCGGUUGUGGUAAACAACUCCUCGUAGUUAUAUACUCUUCAAGUUUAAGAGAACAAUGGAUGAUAGCUUAUACGAUGAGUUUGGCAACUAUAUUGGACCAGAAAUUGAGUCUGAUCAGGAGAGUGAUAGGGAUGAUGAAGAUGAAGAUCUCCCUGACAAGCCCAUUGAUGAGGCAGAUGUAUCAGAUGAUGAGGACGCAGCUGGUGCAUCCAAUGGGUGGAUAACUACCACUAACGAUAUCGAUAUGGAUAACCAGAUUGUCCUUGCUGAGGACAAAAAGUACUACCCGACUGCGGAAGAGGUUUAUGGUGAAGAAGUUGAAACCCUAGUCAUGGAUGAAGAUGAGCUUCCCCUCGAACAACCCAUAAUUAAACCAGUCAGGAAUAUUAAGUUUGAGUUGGGGGUUAAGGAUUCCUCCACUUAUGUGUCAACACAGUUUCUUUUGGGUCUUAUGUCAAACCCUUCUUUGGUUCGUAAUGUUGCCCUAGUGGGACACUUACAGCAUGGGAAGACCCUGUUUAUGGAUAUGCUGGUUGAGCAAACCCAUCAUAUUUCAACCUUUGAUCAAAAUAGUGAGAAGCAUAUGAGGUACACUGAUACAAGAAUUGAUGAGCAAGAGAGGAGAAUAUCAAUCAAGGCAGUUCCAAUGUCACUUGUUCUCGAGGAUAGCAAUUCAAAAUCAUAUCUUUGCAACAUCAUGGAUACGCCUGGACAUGUCAACUUCUCUGACGAAAUGACAGCUGCUCUAAGGCUUGCUGAUGGUGCUGUGUUAAUUGUAGAUGCUGCUGAAGGAGUUAUGGUAAAUACAGAGAGGGCUAUACGCCAUGCCAUUCAAGAACGCCUUCCUAUUGUUGUUGUGAUCAAUAAGGUUGACAGGCUAAUAACUGAACUUAGGUUGCCCCCGAAGGAUGCUUACCAUAAGCUCAGGCAUACAAUAGAAAUCAUCAAUAACCUCAUAUCUGCAGCUUCGUCAACUGCUGGAGAUGUUCAAAUUAUUGAUCCAGCUAUCGGAAAUGUUUGUUUUGCUAGUGCUAAUGCUGGAUGGUCCUUUACCUUGCAAUCUUUUGCUAAGCUAUAUGUCAAGCUCCAUGGUAUUCCAUUUGAUGCUAAUAAGUUUGCAUCUCGUCUUUGGGGAGAUUUUUACUAUGAUGCUGAUGCCAGAGUUUUUAGGAAGAAACAACCUGCUGGUGGAGCAGAAAGAUCAUUUGUCCAGUUUGUGCUUGAACCCCUCUACAAAAUAUACAGCCAAGUAAUUGGAGAACAUAAGAAGAGUGUGGAGGCAACUCUUGCAGAACUUGGUGUGACUCUCAGCAAUGCAGCUUACAAGUUAAAUGUUAGACCUUUGCUAAGGUUGGCUUGUAGCUCAGUUUUUGGUUCAGCCACAGGCUUUACCGAUAUGCUGGUUCAUCACAUUCCUUCUGCAAAAGAUGCUGCCAGUAGGAAGGUUGAACAUAUUUAUACUGGGCCUAAGGACUCUGAAAUUUACAAAGCUAUGGAAGAUUGUGAUCCUUCUGGCCCCCUUAUGGUUAAUGUGACGAAACUGUACCCAAAAUCAGAUUGUAGCGUUUUUGAUGCUUUUGGUAGGGUAUAUAGUGGUGAAAUACAGACAGGGCAGACUUUGCGGGUUUUGGGAGAAGGCUAUUCACCAGAUGAUGAAGAGGACAUGACGGUAAAAGAAGUAACAAAAUUAUGGGUCUACCAAGCUCGUUAUAGAAUACCCAUAAGCAAGGCUCCUCCUGGUUCUUGGGUUCUGAUUGAAGGGGUGGAUGCUUCGAUUAUGAAGACUGCCACACUGUGUAAUCUGGAUUAUGACGAGGACGUGUAUAUAUUCCGGCCUCUUCAGUUUAAUACCCUUCCAGUGGUGAAAACAGCUACAGAGCCUUUGAAUCCAAGUGAGUUGCCCAAAAUGGUAGAGGGUCUUAGAAAGAUUAGCAAGAGCUAUCCUCUAGCCAUAACCAAAGUUGAGGAGUCUGGGGAGCAUACCAUUUUAGGCACAGGAGAGUUGUAUUUAGAUUCUAUAAUGAAGGACCUCAGGGAGCUUUAUUCGGAAGUGGAAGUCAAGGUGGCAGAUCCAGUUGUCUCGUUUUGUGAAACAGUGGUUGAGUCUUCAUCAAUGAAAUGUUUUGCUGAAACACCCAACAAGAAAAAUAAAAUUACAAUGAUUGCAGAGCCAUUGGAGAGAGGACUUGCUGAGGACAUUGAAAAUGGUGUUGUGAGCACUGAUUGGCCCCGAAAGAAGAUUGGAGACUUCUUUAAAACAAAAUAUGACUGGGAUCUGCUUGCCGCACGUUCAAUUUGGGCAUUUGGGCCUGAUAAGCAGGGACCUAACAUUCUAUUAGAUGACACACUCUCAAAUGAAGUAGACAAAAGCAUGCUGAAUGCGGUUAGAGAUUCAAUCGUGCAAGGAUUUCAAUGGGGUGCACGAGAAGGACCCCUAUGUGACGAGCCCAUCAGAAAUGUUAAGUUCAAAAUAGUUGAUGCUAAUAUUGCAAAGGAGCCCUUGAAUCGGGGAUCAGGGCAGAUCAUUCCAACAGCUCGACGUGUGGCAUACUCUUCUUUCCUUAUGGCUACCCCACGGCUUAUGGAACCAGUAUACUAUGUAGAGAUACAAACACCUAUGGACUGUGUUACUGCUAUCUACACAGUGUUGUCACGCAGACGUGGGCAUGUUACAGCCGAUGUUCCUCAACCAGGGACUCCAGCUUAUAUUGUCAAGGCUCUUUUACCUGUGAUUGAAUCUUUCGGAUUUGAGACGGACUUGAGAUAUCAUACUCAAGGGCAGGCAUUUUGCCUGUCGGUGUUUGAUCAUUGGGCUAUAGUUCCUGGAGACCCCCUUGACAAGAGCAUAGUUCUGCGGCCACUUGAGCCUGCCCCAAUUCAGCACCUGGCUCGUGAGUUCAUGGUGAAGACAAGGCGUAGAAAGGGAAUGAGUGAAGAUGUGAGCAUCAACAAGUUCUUCGAUGAGGGCAUGGUGAAAGAGCUAGCUCAGCAGGCAGCUGAACUUCAUCAGCAAAUGAUGUAGGUGGGAGGGAGACUGCAAAUCACAAUCUUCAUUUCCAUGUUUCCGGUCAGUGAUGGAACUGUGUUAGAAAGUCUUUCGUACCGCAAGGACCCAGUCUUCCGUGCUGCACUUCUUUGUAAUCUCUGGCCUAUGGGGCUCUCGAUGCUCAUUUACACUGGUUCAACAUAGUGAAAGAUUUUAAGAUUGGUCUUUCCAACAUGGGUAUAUACAUUUUCAAAGGAACUUGUAACGGUGGUGCUAUUAUAAGUGCAUUACUGUUGGUAGAAAAGUGAAAGAAUGAUUAUAAGUGCAUUACUGUUGCUACAAAAGUGAAAGCCAUGGUGAAACCUGCAGUUUGGAUAGAAAGAUAUGUUGUUUAUCAUGAUGAUGGAUUAUAAUGCUGAGUCAUAUUUGAGUGAAUCAGUAUGCGAAAUUCUAUUGAUAUUAUUAAUUAAA